CAUAAAGCAAACUGAAUUAGGCUGCAAGGUCGAUGUUAUCCGCUAAUGUACUUACGAUUAUGUAUGAAACAAUGAAGUGUAAUUAUUUCGCCUAAAGUGAUCUGGGAGUAAUCGCACUUCCAGAUAAUAACAGCAUAUAAAACGCCUGUUGGUUCAAUUUUUAUCAAACUUUGUAAGUUCUUCCAUCAAUAUUUUUUUACGACUGCGGGCAUACUUAUAUGUACCUAGUGAGUGAAUGCUUAACGUAGUACGCAUGUAUACCAUAUAUUUCUGCAAAAAUGUUUCAAAAUUUAUUCACAUUCCAUACCACAACCGUUCUGUGCAUUUUACCAGCACUAAUUUUAGUCAUUUUAACGAUCUAUAUUUUUAAAACCUACCGAAGGGAUCCACGUUUAGUACAAUUUGCUGAGACCAUACCAGGUCCAUCAGAAACACCAAUAUUUGGAAGUUAUGCAGAUUUUUUUUAUGGCGAUCAUUCAAUCAAGAAAUUGACACAAUAUUCGGAUAGAUAUGGACACAUCUACAAGUUAUGGUUCGGUAGACAUCUUGUCGUAGGUUUAUCAAAAGUUGAAGACUUAAAUGCUGUUUUCAUGAGCUCAAAAAUGUUGGGAAAACCAGAUUUGUUCCAAUCGUUCCAUGAUUAUUGGGGUGAAGGAUUGUUCACAAGUUCGAUGAAAACUUGGAAAAAUAACAGAAAAAAACUGGUACCAGCUUUUGGAAGUAAUCGAUUCAAGCAAUAUGCAAUCGACAUAAAUAGUAAAACAAAAAACGCUAUAAAAAUGUUAGAGAAGCAUGUGAAUGGACCAGAAUUCAAUAUUUAUGAUUACAUUACUCAUUUAUCAUACGAUAUCAUUUUGAAAAUUUUAUACAACAUUGAACUGAGCUGGGACAAUCAAACUGUCAAGGAAUUUCACUUCAGCACCAUGAAAGCUAUGCAAACAGCGUAUGAAAAAAUGUGUUUACCAUGGUUCCAUCUGAAAUUUAUCAGUUAUUUUUACUACAGGAUAAAAAAUGAGGAGAUAUCGAAAGGACAUCGAGGACUUACUAAACAUAUAUUGAACGAAAAAAUGCCCCAAAUAAAAGAGGAAAUAACACUUCACAACGAAAAUCCAGAAAAAUCACGAAUCAAGGAAUUACCACCAAAAUUAUUCCUAACACAAGCAUUCGAGUUGCUUAAUGACGGAUACGAUGAAUCAAUUGUACACGAUGAAAUUAUGAACGGAAUUAUAGGAGGAACCGAAACCACCUCCACACAACUGGCGUUUUUCUUCUUGGCAAUAGCAAUUCACCAAGAUAUCCAGAUAAAACUAUACGACGAGCUUUACGAUGUAUUCUGUGACAGCGACCGUGAUGCAGAUCAAGAGGAUAUAAAAGGGUUAUCGUAUCUCGACCAAGUAUUGAAAGAAACCUUACGAAGGUUCACCUUGACUCCAUUCAUUUUGAGAGACGUGUCAGAAGAUUGUAAAAUAGGUGAUCGAAUUUUCCCUGCUGGUACAGUAAUUCUUAUACCCAUAGCUGCAGUUCAUUUUGAUCCUGAGUAUUACCCAAAUCCUUGGGAAUUCAAUCCUCAAAAUUUUAGCCCAGAAGUAAUAGCAAAUCGUCCUAAGCACGCGUUCAUACCUUUCAGCGCCGGUGCUAGGAACUGCAUAGGGCAAAAUUUAGUUUUACUAGAAAUGAAACAAAUUGCAACAGCGUUUCUGCGAAAGUACAGCUUCCACACGACAAUGACGAUGAACGACAUUCAACUGAACAGCUCGUUUACGAUAACUUGUGUUAAUGGAUACAACAUUUCCUUAAAACCUCGAAUUAAAAAACCUUCUUAUUUGCUGAAUGAUUGAAUAAUGAAAUCAUUAAUAUCUAAUAAGAUAAAAUUAUAUUGCGGAUAGGUAUGUAUUUAAAAAAUAAAAUUGACCUGUUGAGCUCUU